CUGCUGGCGCCCGUCGAGCGGCCGCCCUACGUGCUCGGCAUCGGGCUGAACUACUGGGGGCACAUCAACAGCACGAACAUGAGCGCGCCGAAGACGCCCCAGGUCUUCUUCAAGGGCUCCAACUCCUACGCGCACCCCGGCGACGUCGUCGAGAUCCCGGCGUUCUCGACGCGGCCGGACUACGAGGGCGAGCUCGGCUUCGUCUUCAAGGCCGACUGCAAGGACGUCGCCGAGGCCGACGCGGUCGAGCGGUGCGUCCUGGGCUACACGGCGUGCGACGACGUGUCGGCGCGGUGCUACCAGAUCGACGACGGCGAGAGCUGCCCGGGCAACGGCGGCCAGUGGUCCUUCUCCAAGUCCCUCGACACGCACGCGCCCCUCGGGCCGUCGCUCCUCUCCGCGGCGGCCCUCGGCGACGGCGGCGGGCUCCGGCUGACGACGAGGGUCAACGGCGAGCUCCGCCAGAACACGUCGACGUCGGACCUCAUCUUCGGCGUGCCCAAGAUCGUCGCCUUCAUCACGCAGGGCACGACGAUCCCCGAGGGCACGGUGGUCUGCACGGGCACGCCCGACGGCGUCGGCGUCACCAUGCACCCGCCCGCGUUCCUCCAGGACGGCGACGUCGUCGAGGUGGCCCUCAGCAAGAUCGGCACGCUCCGCAACCCCGUC